GAAGCCAUUAUAUUACUUUUUUGAUUUUUGGGCAAAAUUUCUCUCUCUCCAAAAAGUAUAUACACAUCCCUUAUUCUUAAUUUGAUACAUCUUUUGCUCCAUUAUUAUUCAACCCAGACCCUCUCUCUUUUGAGUCUCAAAACUCCAGAUAUGGCUCACCAGGAGGAAGGAUGGCCGCUUGGGUUGAGACCAGUCAAUGCCAGAAUUGGUGGACUCGCAAGAGAAACUCAUCAUCAUCAUCAUGAACAAGUUUCUGCUGGUUCAAUCUCCUUCAGCUCUCUUCUCUCUCCUUCUCCCUCCUCACACUCUUCAUCCGAUCUUGAUUCACAGUCGAUGGGAUCAUUUUUCCGCGACAGGAGCUACACACUAGGAAACCUAAUCGGGAUAUCAAGCUUUCUAGAACUUUCGAGAAGAUCAAACCGAACAAGGAUUGAUCAACCAGCGUCUAGGAACCAUCAACAUCAGAAGAAUCUCAAAUCUUACAAGCCAUGGAUUUUCUCUAUAUGUUCCAAAUUAAGCACAAGCUCCACUAUCAUUGCCCGUAACAAGGUUUCUAUAAACGAGGACAACGGUCGUAAAAAUGUGCAGUCUCUUGGACAUUUCCUCAUGGUGGAGAGAAGAGCCAUCGGAUCAACCACACCGUCCACGCCGACUAUGUGAAUAUCCGAGAUUUAAUUGCCAAGCUCGCUCGUCAAUAUUCGAGUUUGAAACCAUAGUGAAAUGUGGAAUUAGAUUUCCUUAUGAUCUAUUAACGCAACAGAUUCUGAUUUGAUUUUGUAUUUGUUUGUUUCAAAUGUUUUGUAUCGGGAAUUUGAAAUCAUUUUUCUUGCAUGGUGAUUAUGUUCUGGAAAAUUAAGGUGAUGUUAUUCAAACGACACAAAUAUCUUGACAAAGCCCAAUAAACUAGAAAUAAUAAAUAAGCCCAAUUAUAAAAAGGCCCAAAUGUCAAACUUGUUUGGUCACCAGCAUCACUGAUCUUCAAAUUUGCUAAAACUGGGAUCUUUUUUCCUCUCCUGAUUUCAAAUUAGUCUUCUCAACGAUGAUGAAUCUAAAAGUUUGUGGAAUCGACAAGUCUUCACGCGUACUACAUCGUGAUUUACUAUGAAGCAGAAAUCUCAGAGCUUCGAAUCUAAUCCAGUGCCUGAAAUGGCGGAAGCAAAGCUUAGGGUUUUAAUGGUCUCUGAUUUCUUCUUCCCAAACUUUGGUGGUGUGGAGAAUCACAUCUACUAUCUCUCUCAAUGCCUGUUAAAGCUCGGACACAAGGUGGUGGUUAUGACACAUGCUUAUGGGAACCGCUCUGGAGUUCGAUACAUGACUGGUGGACUCAAAGUCUAUUAUGUGCCUUGGAGACCUUUUGUUAUGCAGACCACAUUCCCCACGGUUUACGCAACGCUUCCCAUUGUGAGAACCAUACUCAGACGCGAGAGAAUCACUGUGGUCCACGGCCAUCAAGCUUUCUCCACGCUUUGUCACGAAGCCCUGAUGCACGCACGGACGAUGGGGUACAAAGUCGUCUUCACGGACCAUUCCUUGUACGGGUUUUCUGAUGUCGGGAGCAUCCAUAUGAACAAGGUCCUGCAGUUCAGUUUAGCAGAUAUAGACCAGGCGAUCUGUGUCUCACACACGAGCAAGGAGAACACGGUUCUGAGGUCUGGAUUGUCGCCAGCGAAGGUUUUCAUGAUACCAAACGCUGUUGAUACUGCUAUGUUCAAGCCAGCUUCUGUGCGGCCCCCAAGUAACCAUGUCAUCACUAUAGUUGUGAUAAGUAGGUUGGUUUACCGUAAAGGUGCAGAUUUGCUUGUUGAGGUCAUUCCAGAAGUAUGCCGUUUAUACCCCAAUGUUCGGUUUGUAGUUGGAGGAGAUGGACCAAAACAUGUGCGGCUAGAGGAAAUGAGAGAGAAGCAUUCUCUUCAGGAUAGAGUGGAAAUGCUAGGCGCGGUUCCACAUUCUCGUGUGCGCUCUGUUUUGGUAACCGGUCAUAUAUUCCUAAACAGUUCUUUAACAGAAGCCUUCUGCAUAGCUAUAUUGGAGGCGGCUAGUUGCGGAUUGUUAACCGUCAGCACUCGUGUUGGAGGUGUCCCAGAGGCAUCUACCGUCCUUCCGGAUGACAUGGUUGUACUUGCAGAACCAGAUCCAGAUGAUAUGGUACGAGCAAUCGAGAAGGCAAUAUCGAUACUCCCAAGUAUCAACCCCGAGGAGAUGCACAAUCGAAUGAAGAAGCUCUACAGUUGGCAAGAUGUUGCAAAAAGAACCGAGAUUGUGUACGACCGUGCCUUGAAGUGUUCCAAUAGGAAUCUUCUAGAACGUCUAUCUCGGUUCCUCUCAUGUGGAGCUUGGGCAGGGAAGCUAUUCUGUAUGGUUAUGAUCAUUGAUUACUUGCUUUGGCGGCUGCUUCAGUUAGUGCAGCCUGAUGAAGAUAUUGAGGAGGCACCCGAUGUCAUUCUUCGUCCUCAAGAGUAUAAAAACAUGACGGCUUCACAAGCCACUGGCUUAUUCGUCGGGUUAAACAAAGGACACGUUGUCACCAAGCGCGACCAACCUCCUCGCCCAAACAACAGAAAAGGGAAAACAAGCAAGAGGACUCUGUUUAUUAGGAGUCUCAUCAGGGAAGUUGCUGGUUUUGCUCCCUAUGAGAAGAGGAUCACUGAGCUUUUGAAGGUCGGCAAGGACAAGCGAGCUCUCAAAGUUGCCAAGAGAAAGUUGGGAACUCACAAGAGAGCCAAGAGGAAGAGAGAGGAGAUGUCUAGUGUCCUCCGAAAGAUGAGGUCUGGUGGUGAGAAGAAGUGAUGCGUUCACUCUGGUUCGACGCUCUGUUCUGAAAAAACUGUUUUUUCUUUGUUUUUAGAGUUUUUUUGCCGAAUAUUUCCUUGGAUAAUCUUUUCUGUAGCAACGAUGAUUAAAACUUAAAACGAAACCAUUUUGAGCACCUUGUCUUCUGCUUAACCGGUUUUGGUCUAUGUACUGUCCAAUUUGGUUCACAAACCGACUUUCAUAAUUGGGCCUACUUCCAGAUUUCAAAUAUUCGUAACAAAUCUUCUGGUUAUUAAAAACAGACAUUCUUGACCCCAUUAUAGUCUUUCAUAAUUGGGCCU